AUGUACUCUACUGCAGGUAUCUGCGUGAAUACCUUUGUGUUGCUUGGCACUCAAUGUAUUCACAUAAUUCCGGCCACAUACGCCUGGCACGACGCUCGCACCCAGUGUGGACUGGUCGGUGGGGAUCUGAUUAUUUUAGACGACUGCGAGCAGUAUCAAAAGGUUUCCCUCUACCUCGCUGAACAAGGUUACCAAGACUAUUGGAUCGGAGGCUCUGAUAGGGCCGUGGAAGGGCAAUGGCGCUGGGUUGACGGUUCGCCGAUGGCCAUGGGGCUGCCUUACUGGGGAAAUGCUUACUACGGGGAGCUAAAACCCAACGAGCCAGGCGUGGAGAACUGCCUGGAGCUGAGCUGCGUGUGGAUGUACCGCUUCAGCAACACGCUGUGCAGUAACGUGCGACGGGUGAUAUGUGAGGCAGACCCCAUCUAGAGGAGUGAUGUAUAUG